GUGGCCCGUAGUGGGUUGAGCCACAACGCCGGGGCGAACGUAUACUUCGAGCAGCGCACCUUCCGGAGCCCCUGUCGCGACGAUGAGCCCGGUCUCUCUCAUCACGGUCGUCGUCCUAGUGCAACUCGAGAGCUGGUCGGGCCACGUGGAGCUGCUGCAGGCCAACGCCAGCGCCUCUUCGAGAGGCCCCGUGAAGCUGGUGCUGUGGCGGCUGCGCAGCUUCUCCAAGUCCUGCGCCGACCGGCGCCGGGUGGCCGUGGCCAACCGCAGCCUGUCGGCCGCGAGGGACAACGCGCCGGUGACCUUCCGGCGCCUGCCCCAGGGCUUCUACUGCUUCUCCGCCGGGACCGACCGCGGGCCCACGACGCUCUCGGCCGUCGCCGUGCUCACAGGUCAAGGGCCCAGCGACCGGUGUUGCGAGCGGGCGCCGGGCCCGGGCCUGCUGUGGAACGUGUCGCCGGGCGGCACGCUGAGCGCCUCGGUGCGCGUGGACAGCAGCGAGCCGCCGUGCCAGCAGUUCGUGGCACGGCUCCACGAGGGCGGAUGCCAGCAGCCGGGAGCCAGGCUGGUGGUGCAGUACCAGGUCGUCCGCAACGCGGUGUUCCACGUGCACGGCCUGAAGCCGGAGCUUCGCUACUGCCUCGCGGUGGCGGCGGGCUGCUUCAACUGUCCGGUCACGUGCUCCGCCCUCGAGAGCAAGACGGUGGGCGCGAGCGUGGAGCGAGCCGGGGACGACAGGCUGGGGGGCCUCAGCCGGGGGGAGCCCACGGUGCCCGAGGCUGACGCCACCCUGGACCCCGUGCUCGCCGUACUGGGUGUGGGGAGCGUGCUGUUCCUGCUCGCGUGGUCCUUCCACCUCUACCAGAGGCUGCCUGUGGGAGCGAGGGCCAAGAGGAGGAGGGGACACGUGUCACCCGUGUAGCACUCGGUAGCUGCCGAAACGGCUUGUGCACAGAGAUGUGUGCGUGCGUCUGUUGUUGCGAUAAUUAAAGAGCUGCUUCUGUCUUCGAAGAACGCAA